AUUUCCCGAAACGGCGCGUUAUCGACGCUGGUGCGAUGCGGUGGCGGACGGCGUUGAUUCUGGCCGGGGUAGCGUCGGCAACCCAAAACGACACGGGCGCAACGCUCGUGCAAACCAUCCUUGAUACUGAGAUCCAGGAAACGGAGGCGUUGUUGGGAUUGUACAGGCAACAAGCAGCGGCAUUCGCUACAGUGUUGCAGCGCAAGAUGCCGACGUUCGAGUCCAACACCGAUACCACUGCCUCAAUUGGUCUCAAAGCAUGGCAACCCAUGGAAGCGCCCUUGGCGGACCCACUUCACGGGUUGGACACAGCGUUAGUGGACAAGGCGUCGCACAUGUUUGGGCCGGAUGUCGUGGCGUUUCAGCUCCUGUCGUGGCGAGUUCACGUGGCUGGGCGGCGACGGAAGCUUGUCGACACCGACAUCGAAACAAUCGACUUCUUGGCUGUUGCUCGAUCGGAUGGGCUCCUGGAGCUGCGCAAUCCCCGAACGUUCGGACUCGUGUGGCAAAUCCAGACGCGCGUCGAGUCGAUCACGUCCAUCCACCAACAAACGGGGACUCGAAGCAUUGUCGCAGUUGUGUCUUCUCAUGGCGACGUCACUGUGUUUGCCGUUCGAGUGUUUGAGCACGGCCGCCUUCGCGUCGGCGACCCCCCGCGCGACCAACCGACCGAUCGCGCCGUGUGUUUAAUUGAAGCUGUGGCAGCUACCCCCAAAACGUUCCAGUGGGGGAGGCCUCUGCCAAAGGUCACCAGCGUCCCCGCUCCCGUUGGCUUGCAUGUGGACGUCUUUCGACUGUAUCAAACCCCUCGCUCUCGUUCCUUUGCCAAGGUUCUGCUCGUACAAGUGAGCUACGACAUUUUCGUGGUCGUUGCGACGGAUCUCGGGGAUGUCUCUAUCUUUGGGCACGGUGGCCAUUGCGUGCACCACAUGUCGUUGCAACAGCCCGUGGUUGCUCUCGCGAGCGUUCUUGGCGGGAGCAUUGCGUUUGCGAUGGGCACGACCGUUGGCGUCUUGAACAUUCCGCAGUGGGACUACCCCGUUCAGGUGUGUUCGGGAUCCGCGCAUCCAUUGAUUAGCUUGGAGCGCGACGUCCACCGACCGUCGAUUUUAUAUGCUGGUACGUCUGGCGGGACCGUGCUGGUCCUACAACUGCACCGAUCGUUUUCCCAGCGCCGACACCCGCACGCGCCAUGCUCGAUCCAGGAUCAACUAGUCCCGUGGGAUGCCGUCGGCCCAGUCUCGAUGCGGUCCGCCACCGGCCACACCAUGACCGUUCAACUCGGAUCGCUGCCGCGCCUCUUGUUUAUCGUGGCAAAUCACACGUUUGCUGGCUACCAACUCGUCGACACUCACGUCGCCAAGCGGAUGUUCGCCGUCGAUUGGCGCGCCCACCACAACUCGACGCGAACGACGCUCCUGGUGAUGAAGGACAAGCCCCACGAUGCACUCGUCAUGCUGUCGUCGCGCCUCGACAACGGUUCGACGUUUGUCGUCGCACACGAGAGUUUGAUGCGACACGAUGCCCUGCAUUACGAUGUCACGUGGGUGCGCGCGCCGUUGAUGGUCGUUUGCGCCGGGGGCUUUGUCGUGUGGCAAAAAUACCGCAAAAAAGUGCGACCCCCCAGCAUCGACCAAGACGAGAUCAUCCACAUUGCACGCCAGCUCCAGCGCCAGACACAGUCCAACCAGCCAUAAUGCCAUCCUACUUACACGCC